AUGACACUGUCAAACAACCAGAAUUCUGCUUUCCAGAAUCAUGACAGUACGCAACCUCCAGACAUUAAUUCGGUUCAUUCCCCAUCUCCGUCACAAUCUUAUAGAAUGCCAACACCAAUGAAUUCAAGUCCACACUCUAGCACAUCACAUCAACCACUAGAUUCUACAUUACAAAACACCCGUCCCUCGAUAGCAUCACACAACUCACAUGAAUCAAGUGGCUCCAUUGCUCAGAGUUAUGAUGAGCUGAUUUCACAACUAAACAAUGCACAAAAAAAUGUUGAUUUGAAAACUAUUGGUAAACAUCUAGUAAGUCCUGAAGAAAGUUUGAAGCAACCAGGUGGUGACAUCACUAGAAGGAUAUACCAUCAAAUGGAAAAUGUAUCGGAAGACUCCCACCCUAAUGGAAUCAAUAUCCAUAAUCCCAAAAGACGUACAAGAAGUACUUCGUUUUCAAGAUAUUUGGACGAAACUAGACGUGGAUCAACCGCCAGUGAUAUAAAUGUACCUGGAGGGUUCAGACGUGAAUUUAUCAUUCAAAAUUCAUUGAAAAAGAAUCAAGAGCCACCAAAUUUCUUGACGCAAAACUUUAUGGAGUUUUUAAGCAUGUAUGGUCACUAUGCUGGUGAAGAUUUUACUGAUGAUGAUGAUGACGACGACGAAGAGGACGACGAACUGGAUCAAGACUCGGGAUCCAACUACGAGGACGUGUUUGAUGAGGAGUCGAGUUUACUAGGAAACCAAAGACUGUAUGGUGCAGUUCCUCAAUUGCCAAAACAAUUACCUAAACGUCGUCAACAACCAAAGGGAACUGCUUCAGUCGCCAAGACCUUUUUUUUGGUGUUCAAAGCUCUUGUUGGAUCGGGUGUGUUAUUUUUACCACGAGCUUUUUACAAUGGUGGAUUAUCGUUCUCCAUAGUUACAUUGAGCACUUUCGGUUUACUAACAUACUUUUGCUACGUUGUUCUUAUACAAUCAAAAGAGACUUUGAAAUUGGCAUCGUAUGGUGAAUUGGGAUUCAAAACGUAUGGAGCUCCACUCAAGUAUUCCAUCUUGGUGUCAAUUUUACUCAGUCAAAUUGGAUUUGUGGCAACGUAUGUACUAUUUACAUCGGAGAAUAUGAUUGCAUUCAUUGGUGGGCUCUUGACGGAACAGCCUAGUUGGUUAACACGAGCAAAUGCCGUUAUUGUCCAAUGUUUAUUAAUGAUUCCUUUAGUGUGGAUUAGAAACUUGACGAAAUUGUCACUUGUGUCAUUGAUCUCAUCGGCAUUUAUUGUUAUUGGAUUACUCAUCAUUUUCUGGUUUUCUGGAUGGAAGAUAUACCUUGAUGGUAUUGGACCCAAUAUUGCCAACUUCAAUUCCAAUAGUUGGACAAUGUUGAUUGGAGUUGCCGUUACAUCGUUUGAAGGUAUUGGAUUAAUUUUACCUAUUGAAGCUUCAAUGGCACAACCUGAAAAGUUUCCCAUGGUUUUGUCAAUCAGUAUGGUUGUAAUUACUGCGAUAUUUGUCUCCAUUGGUACAAUAGGUUACACUGCAUUCGGUGAUAAGGUCAAGUCGAUUAUAAUUUUAAAUUUACCACAAGGGAAUCUUGCCGUACAAUCAAUUUUAGUAUUGUACUCCGUGGCUGUUUUUCUUUCUGGACCGUUGCAGUUAUUCCCUGCCAUAAAAAUUGGUGAAUCAAUAUUUUUCAGACACAAGGGGAAAACCGGGACCAAGCAUAAAGAUAAAGAUGGCAAAUUGUAUCACCAUUCUGGUAAAUACAACCCGCAAGUUAAAUGGCUUAAAAACAUAUUUCGUGCUGUUUCAGUCACUUUGGUUUGUUUUAUUGCUUACUUGAAUGCUGACAACAUUGACAAAUUUGUUUCAUUCAACGGAUGUUUUGCAUGUAUCCCAUUGGUGUACAUUUAUCCACCAUUGAUUCAUUUACGGUCAGUGACUAAAAAAAUUGAAAAAUCAACAAUGGAUCGAAUUUUACCCGUAUUUGAUUAUGUGUUGAUUGUUGUUGGAAUUGUCACGGUUAUUUAUUCAACUUAUCAAAUCGUUUUCUUAAAUUAG